GAAAAUGAAGAAUUACUGAAGAGUAAAAAAGCCGAAUGUUGUGAGCUUGAAGAACGAGCAGAAAAAGCUGAAAGUCAACUGAAAGGACUACGUGAUCAGAUAGCAAACAUGCAGACUGAACGUAGUCGUCUUAUCGCAGCUUCAGUAGGGAGUUCUCAG